AUGCCCUCCCGCACCGACUCCCCGCUGAACAUUGCCAUUAUCGGCGCCGGCCUCGGUGGCCUCAGCGCAGCAGUGGCUUUACGUCGCCAAGGGCACCAAGUCACGGUGUACGAGCGAUAUGACUUCGCUGGCGAAGUGGGUGCAUCUUUGAGCGCCGCCUCCAAUGGAUCCCGCUUUCUUGAGCAAUGGGGGGUCGAUGUCAAGGCUGCGAAGCCGGUAAUUCUAAAGAAACUCAUCAUGCACGACUGGACGACCGGAGAAGUACAGAAAGAAUACGGCCUAGGGGACUACAAGACCAAGUUCGGGACGGAGUACAACAACUUCCACCGGAUUGACAUCCAUCAACAAUUACUCCGCUCCGCCUUCGACGAGCCGGGAGAGGGCCCACAGUGCGUCUUGAAAGUGAAUCACAAGGCCGUGUCGCUGGACGCGGAAGCCGGUCGCAUCGAAUUCGAGAAUGGCGAGACGACGUCGGCGGACCUCGUCGUCGCCGCGGAUGGCAUUCGCGUACACAUCCCCUCUCUGAAACUUCGUUCCGAGAGCCGCCACCAGAUGGAAAUCACCCCCGAUUUCACCAUGUCGACUUCCUGCUGCUACCGCUGCAUCAUCAGCGCGGAUAAGCUGCGCAGCCUCGGGCUGGACGACUACAUCGACAACGCCGCGAUCGAGUACUGGGGCGGCAUCGGGAUCAACAAGAUCGUUAUGUCCCCCUGCAGCGACGGGGACGUCGUGAGCUGCUACUGCUUUUACCCGGCCGAGCACAACAAUCUCCGGGAAGAUGGCUGGAACAUCUCCGCCACCCCGGAGCAGUUGGUGGCCACAUUUCCGGGGCUGGAUGAACGGAUGCAGCGGUUGCUGCUCAAUGCUGAGGACAUCAAGAUGUGGCGCUUGUACCGUCACCAGCCGUACCCCUACUGGGUCAAGGGCAAAGUCUGCCUACUCGGAGACGCAGCUCACCCGAUGAUGCCCGACCAAUCGCAGGGCUCAUGUAUGGCAUUUGAGGACGCGGGUGCCUUGGGGCUGAUCCUCCACCGCACCUUCGCCGAGGAGUACAGCCUAGCUGAGGGGCUGCAGCUGUACGAGCGGCUACGUAAGCCCCGUGCCACCCACAUUCAAGCGGCCAGCUAUCGAGCCCGCGAGGACCUCAACGAGCGCAUCGGGUGGAGCUCGUCGACGGACCGGCCGGGCAAGUUAACUAUUGAGGAGGUCUGUGGGUAUAAUAUGCAGCUGCACCUGGAGGAGCUCAAGUGCAGUAAAUAA